UUAAUUUGUUGCUGAUCUUCUCCAACGUCCAACAUCUUUGUGCUGCUGAGCUGACGACGCAACAACUACAUCCGGGUAACUGUGGUGACCUUGGUUGGUUGAUCAUCAUGGCGGCUGUCGUCAGGCUGAGUUCUGUGUGUCGCAGAGGAGUUAAACCUCUCUUUUACCAAAGCGCUUUGCUGGCCAGGCCGCUGGUUGUACCACACAAAUACCAGGACCAGCCCUACCUGCUGACAGCAAGGAUUCAUGCAUCGCAGGCUCUGUACGCGGGCUCUGGCUCCAAAGCCGCCUCUCUGCACUGGACAGCAGAACGAGUGCUGAGCAUCCUGCUGCUGGCCAUGGGACCCAUAGCCUACUUUAAUCCCAGUCCUGUCAUUGACUACUCCUUGGCUGCUGCCCUGACCCUGCAUGGACACUGGGGAAUCGGGCAGGUGUUAACAGACUACGUUCAUGGGGACACAAAGAUCAAGAUUGCCAAUGCGGGUCUCUUCCUCCUGUCCACGGUCACCUUCGCUGGUCUUUGCUACUUCAACUACAACGAUGUGGGAAUCUGCAAAGCCAUUGCCCUGCUCUGGAGCAAAUGAAUAUAACUGUGGACUGGGAAGCUUGGGACACGGGGACAGGAGCGACCUCGUCCUGGCUGAUUGUAAAAAUUCAAGAUGUUCGAUGUAAAUUCUUAUAAAUAUCAUUUUGACAAUAUUACAGUGAUUCACAAUUGUGUAAUUGUACUUAAUGUCGAAUGUCAAUUCAGGCUUGGUCUCUGUGUUAAGUUCUUGCUCAGUUUAGUUACAGUAAUGAUUUUGCAACUUGCAUCCAUUUCCUCUUUGAAUAUGUGGGAGAGAUUCUGUUUAUGUGGGCUAAAUUUAAGCUAUGUUCCCCUGUAGAUUUUGAUCCCAAGCAACAACAACAUGUCCAGUUAUUUAAACUGUCCCUGCCAAAUCAACUAAUAACAGAUAUCCAGUAUCCUGACAUGUUAUAUCUAGUGGGGACAUACAUGUUUUCAACAAAUAAGCUAUUAUUUCUAUUAAGUCUUGAGGAAGUGCUGUUUGACAUCUAAAUCUUUUUUUUUUUUUUUUUUUUUUUCAUGUCCGGGUCCUUUUUGUAGCGGAUUUCUUAAAUGUAUUUAAUUUCGAUCACAAUGUGUACAUACUACGUUUUGCUCUUAAACCCAUCAGGAAUAACGGGGCAGCAGGCAGUUUGUAUGAGAGCUGACAUCACCGACCACACUAACCUCUGUUAACAAGUGAAGGGCCACUUUGUGUCGUUUGUUGCUACAGCUUCAUCAUGUCACUCGGUUUGAGAGUACGCUUCUAUUUUGACUGCCAGGAGCAAAUGCUGUUAUCAACUUAAAGUCAGAGGUUGUAUUGUGAAACCUUCAGUCAAGUGUGCAGUACUGUGGUUUGUGCAAAGAGCAGCAGGGGCUGGGGGGGGGAGUCCAAGGGCAGACUGCAUUUGCUUGCAUUGGCUGUUUAAUCCAGGAGGGGAUCUGCUCUGCUGCUCUACUGAAGGUUCAUUAAAGGUAAGGCAGGCUAGAUCAGAAGUGCAUCUUAAAUUCAAGCCAUACAUUAAUACUCAACCUACCUGAGCAUCAGCACAACGGCUAAUGAAGUCUAGCAGCGUGUAAACUCGUCAGCUAACGGUGUAUAAUCCACAGCAGGGUCUGAAAUUAACAGCUGCAAAAUGCCGUCCUCUGCCAAUAUCACUCGAGACGGUAACGGUGACAAUAAGAAUUCCUCUGUAACAUAUUGAGUCGUGUUGUACUUCAUGUAUGAAUUACAAACUCCUUCCACUGUGUGAGUGAGGAAAUUGCAUAUAUAAAAAAUUACACAUUUUGAGAAUAUUAAAUGUACAUGAUUUUUGAACAUUUAAAAAUGCUUGGCAGUUUGUUUUUAAGUUUAUAACUUCUUGGCAAACGAGGCAAAAACUUAAUUUCAGGCACUGUUCCUUAAUCAAUGUGAGCCUGUAUGAUGAUAAGAUUCAAUAUGGCUGGCUAAUCAAAACUGUUGAAGUGUAAUCUUGUAACUACUCAUAGCAUAUAAUUGGUAUACACACAGUCCAUGCAUGCAGCUAUUCAUACCAGCAAAUAUUUUUGUACUGCUGGAGUGGUUUCUGCAUUCACUCUGUUGUCACUAUGCUCAUGCAGUAAAACUUUAUGAGAGCUUA